CCAAGGCUUUGGAUUGCCACCAUUGCUCUCCUGUUUUUUGCAUCAUGCACCCUGUGUGUAAACCCAGGAUUGAAAGCAAGAGUUACACAGAAAGCGUUGAACUAUGCAGGAUGAGUGGAUCGUUUGACGUGUCUGUGAGCAGGCUGUCAAUAUCGGAGACUAUAGGACUGACCCGGGACAAUACAGGCCGUCCUGCAGUGCGCAGCAUUGCUUGCUCAUCCAACGUUGGUAAAGUGCGCGUCAGGUUCACCAAAAGAAGAAGAUGGUUGUACAAUCUGUUCUGCAGAUUCUUAGAGAGACCCAUUAAAUCUGCUCUUAACAGACAGAUUUGUCCAAAAGUCUCUAGUGCCAUCAAUGGACUGGAAGAAAAUCUAAAGAAAAUGAAAAUAUCUUUCCGCGUAAACAACUUUGCUGAGGUUGACUAUUCCCUGGUUAAUAGAAUUAAAAUCUCAAGAAGAGCCAUGGACCUGGACUUUAAGGGUGAAUUCUACAGAGUGCGAAAUCGUAAGGAGCCUCCCUUCAAGCCACCGCCGAUCAGCCUCCCCAGACACAGCAGUCGCAUGUUGUACUUGGGAAUAUCCGAUUUCCUUGCCAAUUCAGCGGGAUUCGUGUUUCACGAAGCUGGAGCCUUGCGGAUGAAGAUCACCGAUAGAAUGAUCCCGAAAAAUUCACCCUUCAGAUUAAACACAAAGUCCUUCGGUAUGAUCAUGCCUCAGCUGGAGAAGCUCUACCCUAACAUGAACAUGAUAAUAAACCUCCACUCCACUCGACCGCCAGUUCUGAGGGCUGCAAAUGGCAAUAUCACCAUUCAGGCAUUUGGUGCCCUUGACAUGCUCGCAAUCCUCCCAAAUUCAUCCCUGGCAUCACUUUUUGUUCUGAACAUUCAUGCGAGCGUCUCUGCUAGGAUCAAUAUCGUGAGGAUGAAACUGACUGGGUCCGUAACGCUGAAUCGUCUGAAAUUGACUCCUGGACAUUCUCGUGUUGGCCCUGUUCCGGUGGCUGGUCUGGAACUGUUAAUUCAGAUUGCAAUAAAGGCAGCGGUGUUACCAAAAGUCAAUGAGAAACUAGCCAGGGGAGUUCCACUUCCAAAGGUGAAAAACUUGGACUUUGUAAACCCUACGCUAAUGGUGAACAGGGAUAUUCUGGUGAUUGCAACUGAUGUCCUUUACCGCCCAUAACCGGCAGCCAUUCCCAGCCAAGGCUUUGUGACGGAGAAGAAAACCAGACCUCUGACUGCUUUGAUUACCUGGCCACCUAUGAAGCUGAGAUUUUACACAAGGCCAUUCAAUUUUCUGUCAAAUAUUGUUCAUUUCUAGCUUGAUGGCUUUCAAUCAAGUGCUUUGCAAACAAAAAGCUACUGAUAAGCUGCAUUUCCAAGAUUUUUCUUAUUCUUUUCUGUAUACGAAGUUUUGUUUCGGACUUUCAUGAAGCAGAGGGAAAUCACUGCUGAAACCUUCCUGCGUGCACUGUUGGAAGAAUAUAAAACCAAAAUAUCCAACUUAAGGGGAACCAAACCUUUUCUCCAACAAGUAACAGCAACACUCAAGCUUCAUCGCUUUUGAUCUCAACCUCUAUAUUUUUUUGAGAAGGGAUUUAAAAGAAACUUUUGGUGAUUUCAAACAAUUUUCAUUUAUGCUCAACUAUU